AGUUCCCAUCAGUCUGAGCUUAUGAAAGCUUGUGCUUUUCUUUUGGGAAGGCAACUUGAUAAACUUUGUGCGGAAUAAUUUUGUAUCGCAAGUGAUAAUGUUAUUUGCAUUUUUGAUAUUUACGGCUCUGGCCGCUCUAUUUUACUAUAUCUAUCAGUUCGGGACAAAGAAUGAAAAUAUUUUUGUUGAACGAGGAUUGGGAUUUCGUAAACCUGCUUUUAUUGUCGGAAACUCCUUUAAAACUCUAACUAAGCAAAUGGGAGUUUACGACUUUAUAAAAGGUAUUUCGAAGGAUUACCCCAAAGAAAGAAUGGUGGGAUUUUUCGAUUUUCGUGAUCCUGUUGUUUUGAUUCUCGAUCCUGAAAUCGUGAAACAACUUGCUGUAAAAGAGUUUGAUAACUUUUCAGACCAUAAAACAGUUUUUAAGGAAAAUUCUGAUAAUCUUUUUGGAAAUUCAUUGUUUGCCCUGCAAGGUCAAAAAUGGAAGGAUAUGAGAGCAACCUUAAGUCCUGCUUUUACAGGAAGCAAGAUGCGUCUUAUGUGCGAUUUGAUUGUAGAGAUUUGCGAACAAAUGGUAGAUUUUUUGAAAUCAGAAGUUACCACCAAGGGUCUUCAAACAUACGAAACCAAGGAACUAUUUUCUAGACUGGCAACUGAUGUUAUUGGAACUUGCGCUUUCGGAAUCAAAGUUAAUUCCCUUAAGGAGAAAGACAAUAAUUUCUACGUUACCGCAAAGAAAGUUUUUUCCUUCAAUAACUUUGGAACGCAAAUAAAAUUCGUGUUUUACCGACUAUGUCCCUGGUUAAUGGAAUUACUGAAAGUUCCAUUGUUUGAUGAAACAGGCAGGGGUUUUAUGAAAAAUCUCGUUUUAAACACUAUGAAAACGAGAGAGGAGAAGAAGAUAGUUCGUCCUGAUAUGAUCCAUCUCUUGAUGGAAGCUCAGAAGGGAAAUCUAACUCAUGUAACUAAUGAGAAGGACUCUGCGGGAUUUGCAACAGUCGAAGAAUCUGAAAUUGGAUUGUCCGGUGCCAGAAGAAUUUGGUCAGAGGAUGAAAUUGUAGCUCAAUGCUUCCUAUUCUUUUUGGCUGGAUUCGAUACAGUAUCAACUGUUAUUAGUUUUAUUAUCUACGAGAUAAUGCUCAAUACAGAUGUUCAGGAAAAGAUUUUUGAAGAGAUUUCUGAUAUGAACAGAAAACUUGGCGGAAAAGCUGUGAAAUAUGAGUCCCUUCAGCAUCUCAAGUACUUAGACAUGGUCAUAUCGGAAGCUCUGAGAAAAUGGCCACCAGGUCCUGUUGUCGAUAGAAUUUGUAACAAGGAUUUCACUUUAAAAUACGACGGUGAUAGAGAGUACACCUUCCAUAAGGGCGAGGUCUUCUGGAUUCCUAUUGUCAAUUUCCAUCACAAUCCCGAGUACUAUUCCAAUCCAGAAAAGUUUGAUCCCGAGAGAUUUAGUGAUGAGAACAAGGGCUCUAUUAAUACUUCAGCGUAUGUUCCUUUUGGAGUUGGACCAAGGAAUUGUAUUGGCUCUCGAUUUGCAUUAAUGGAACUAAAAUCAAUUAUGUACUACUUGAUCCUGAACUUCCACAUUGAACCAACGGAAAAAACUCAGAUUCCUCUUCGACUGGCUAAGAGUAUAUUUGGAUUGCAAACAGAGAAGGGAAUUCAUGUGCAAUUUCGACCAAGAAAUCAUGAAACUCUGAUUUAAGAAGGUAUUUAAAUCAGAGAAGGUACUUGUUAAGUCACUGGUAAAUUGCAAAAUCAUUCAGAUAAAGGCUGUUGAAGUGUUAGCUAACAUUAAUGUAAUAUCAGGGAGUGUAAGCAAAUAAUGAUCAUAUCCAAUAAAAAUAUUUUACUCCA